AUGUCCACCAGCAAACGUAUGGACGCCCUGAUCCGAGCCGGCAGGACCGGCACCGGCCGAACCCCGCGAGUCGAUACAAUCCAUGGUGGAUGGUACAAUGCACCUGACGGAAAGGAAUACUUUGGAGUUGGGGUUGUCACCGAGAUCGGAAUCACACAUGAUGGCAGUACCUACGUUAACGCCGAGCCGCAAGUCCUCAGGAGCUCGACCAACAAGCAGUUCCGCUUCUUCGACCCCCUAACAGACGAGGACAUGCCACUGGACCAGUACCCCGAGGACAUCGAGGUUCGCACUGAGCAGGUACUAGCCAGAAAGCGGCGCACGCUCAAGUCGCAGCCCAAGUCCGGCCUGGGCCCAGGCGAAAUCUGGCACGGGUAUUACGAGAGCGCAAGAGGGCAGAGCUACGACGGGGUUGGAAAGAUCAUUGCGCCCCUUGUGAGACCCGACGGCACUCCAACCGGCUACUAUGCGCUGGAUCCAUCGCGCGUGCGCGGUGUAUUCCCGCUGCAGGAAUUGUACACCGACGCGGAUAUUGUGGAGGACGAGCUACCACGUUCGCCUUACACAGGGAGCGCGGAGACGCAGCGGAAGGCGCGUGAGAAUACCGCACGCCCCCUGCGAGAGGAGAACUUUGAUUGCUUGUACUACUGGUAUGGGAAGCUGCCGCGUCUGCCAGGCUCGCGCGGUGAGCAGCCGCGGCUCGGUAGGGAAAGCGCGGGCGCGUUCUUUGCGCCUGAUGGCCAGUGGUUUGCUGGGGUAGGUAAGGUGGUGACUGUUGGCUGCAUUAACCGGCCUGCGGCGCCUCAAGCAUGGUAUGUUUAUGUUGAGCCAAUUAGUGAUAGGGCUCCAGCUGGCAGGGAUUAUGACUUUUUUCAUCCAGUUACACGCGAGUGGAUGGACGAACUACCAAGCAACCCUAUCCCUGGUGUCCAGUGCAGUAUAGCGCAGCGCAGGGCUCUGCCUUCCCGCUGGCGGCAUCUCCCUGCAAUCCGCCGCAAACCUGAGAUUGGCGAGGUGUAUCCUGGCCGGUACUGCCCGCCCAAAGCGCCCAGGCGAGAUGUCUAUGUCGGAGUGGGCAAGGUGGUCAGCACGGGGGUGGAUGAGCAGAACCGGAUCUGGGUGGAGGUGGUGCCUGUCGCAGACAAGCGCGGCAAGUGGGAGUACUUGUUCUGGGAUCCUUGGUCUGGAAAGCGGAUGCCAGAGAGGUACUGGCCAGCUGAAUAA